GAGGCGGAGCGUCGUGAAGCAGAGCAGGACGGCCGCCAUCUUGCGCGGAGCAGGAGUCGGAACCCGAGACUGCGGCCGAGAGUGCACACCAGUCCGCGGCCCAGUGCAGCCACGGCCCAGUCGGAGCCCUCUCUCGCCGCCUCUUCGUAUCCGGCCCUGUCUCAGGUCCCGUCCCGGCCCGGUCCCCCGACCCUCAGCCAGGCCCGGUCUGGCCUCCCCGCGGGGUCACGCGGCCGCCCCGGGGACGAUGAACGGAGGAUAAAUGGUGCCCAAGGCAGACAGCGGUGCCUUCCUGCUGCUCUUCCUGCUCGUGCUCACCGUCACCGAGCCGCUGCGACCAGAGCUGUGGUGCAACCCUGGGCAGUUUGCCUGUCGCAGCGGCACCAUCCAGUGCAUCCCCCUCCCCUGGCAGUGUGACGGCUGGGUGACUUGUGAGGAUGAGAGCGACGAAGCCGACUGUCCAGAAGUGACCGGGGAUUCGCGUCCUUACCAUGGAAAGGAGGCUGUGGAUUCGAGGCAGGGGCGGGCCCGAAGUGGCGACCCCACGCAUUUCCAUGCAGUGAAUGUGGCGCAGCCUGUUCGCUUCAGCAGGAAGUGCCCGACAGGGUGGCACCACUAUGAAGGCACGGCCAGCUGUUACAGGGUCUACCUGAGUGGGGAGAACUACUGGGACGCUGCGCAGACCUGCCAGCGUGUCAACGGCUCCCUCGCCACCUUCUCCACCGACCAGGAGCUGCGUUUCGUCUUGGCUCAGGAAUGGGACCAGCCAGAGCGGAGUUUUGCCUGGCAGGACCAGCACAAGUUGUGGGUUGGCUACCAGUAUGUCAUCACCGGCCAGAACCACUCCUUAGAGGGUCACUGGGAAGUGGCAGCCUUCAAAGGUUCCUCAAAGGUGUUCCUGCCCCCAGACCCCAAGCUCACCUCGGCCAUGUCUGAAAGUGACAGCGUGCUCUGCGCCCAGCUCCACUGCUUCCACUUCCCCACCCUCCGCCACCACGACUUGCACAGCUGGCAUGCCGAGAACUGCUACGAGAAGUCUUCGUUUCUUUGUAAAAGAAGUCAAACGUGUGUCGACAUCAAGGACAACGUGGUGGAUGAGGGGCUCUACUUCACCCCCAAGGGCGACGACCCGUGUCUGAGCUGCACCUGCCAUCGCGGGGAGCCAGAGAUGUGUGUGGCUGCCCUCUGCGAACGGCCGCAGGGCUGCCAGCAGUACCGCAAGGACCCCAAGGAGUGCUGCAAGUUCAUGUGCCUGGACCCAGAUGGGAAUAGCCUGUUCGACUCCAUGGCCAGCGGGAUGCGCCUCAUUGUGAGCUGCAUCUCCUCCUUCCUCAUCCUGUCCCUGCUGCUUUUCAUGGUCCACCGGCUGCGCCAGAGGCGCCGGGAGCGCAUCGAGUCCCUGAUUGGAGCAAACCUGCACCACUUCAACCUUGGCCGGAGGAUCCCCGGCUUUGAUUACGGCCCAGACGGGUUCGGCACAGGUCUCACGCCGCUACACCUUUCUGAUGACGGAGAAGGCGGGACUUUCCACUUCCAUGACCCUCCACCCCCCUACACUGCGUACAAGUACCCAGAUAUUGACCAGCCCGAUGACCCACCGCCACCCUAUGAGGCUUCCAUCAACCCUGACAGCGUGUUCUACGACCCUGCAGACGAUGAUGCCUUCGAGCCAGCAGAGGCCAGCCCGCCGACCCCAGGGGAUGGCGGCAGCGAAGGCACAUCGCCCCGGUGCCUGGAGCAGCCUCUGCCCACCACAGGGGUCUCCCUGGCAGACCUGGAAGACUCAGCUGACAGCAGCAGCACCCUGCUCGUGCCUCCUGACCCUACCCAGAGCGGGACCCCCCCAGCCACAGAGUCAUUGCCAGGGGGUGGCAGCCACAGCCGCGGUUCCCUCAACACCGUGGUGUAGCGGGUUCCCAGCCCACAGCCCCGAGGGGCACGGAGCACCUGUUUGCUGUCAGGAAAACUGGUUCCGAGGGGCACUUGGAGGGUCCUGCGUGAGCCUGGACUUGGCGGCACUGCUGCGCCCCCGGGGGUGUGCGUGUGCACUCAGAGACUGUGCCAGCCUUCCGGGGGAGCAGGCGCCUACACUGAGUCUCCUUGAGGGCUUCAGAACAUGCGUAGUUUUGGGCCUCUGUCUUUUUCUUUUUAAACAGCAGAAGAAUGACAAAGUUUGUUCAUACCACCCGUUUCGGAAGUAGGGAACAAAGAGGCACUGUGGGCCUGAGCAGGGGCCAGACCACCCCGGGCUUUGGUGGGCGUGCUCACCGCAGCUCGUUGUCCAGAGGAGCCUGCCACCCCACCCCCGAGCCCCAGAGCUGCCGCCAUGGUGUGCCUCGCUGGCCACUGCUCAGGAAGGCACUUGGGGCACCGGUGCGGCGUGUGGGCUGUCGGAGUUGUCUGGGUAGUGGGUCUGCUGCUGAGCAGGUGGCUCUGGAGGUGCUACAGUGGCUGCAAUGGGGGUGGUCCCCCCACAGGUCCAGCUUGAUAUUGAGGGUGACCCUGUCCAGGCUGGAGGCUGGCCUGGAACUCUCUUCCCAAGACCCUAAGAAGGAGAGCUUGGAAGGAGGCCGAAAUCUCCACUCUGUCUUUCCAGCUGGGCUCUGCAAAGCCCAGUGCUGUGCCAGAAAGCCCCACCCCUAGUCCUUUGGAUUUCUCCCCAACAUCGCUGUGCAUGGCCCCCAGGAGGCGGCUCUGGAUCCAGGCUGAGGCCGUUAGCCUUGCAUGAGCGCCCUGGCCCUGGGUCCUCCGCUGGGGCUUGGGGCUAAGCCAGCUCCUCUCUUUUACCUUCUGGAGCCCCCCUCCUGUUAAAUUUGCCCCCGGGCCUGGCCUGCCCCCACCCCACUUCUUUGUGCCAUAAAGGGUUGUUUCUUUGGCAGGGGUGGCUGAUAUUCGAGUCCUAGCCUGUGUCCACCUCUUGAAAGUCCACUUCUUGCAUGCCGCCACCACUGCUAGAGCCGUGCCCGGUGCCCCGUGGCUGCAUGCCACCUACCUGUCCUCAGCAGCACAGGGUGCCGGGUGCCCUGCCCAGGGGCCUUUUGAUUGAGGGACCCUGUUGCCUACCCCUGGGCAGUGGUCUUGUCUCCUGACACCAGGCUUUUAGUGUUUCUGAGGUUUGGAGAUUAAGCGGGUUCUGUGCGAUUUUUCAGCACAUUCAUAUCUUUUCUAUGUUGAAUGUCGAGGUCUUUGUGUGUGUGCGUGUAUCUGUGUGUGCACGUGUGUGUCCAAGUGUCUGCAGCUGGUGGUGGUACCUGGGAACUCGGUCCUCGACUUCCCGGGCCAGCCGUGGCCACAUGGGCAGCACCGGGGCUGGGCCUGGGCCUCUUCCAGCCUUUCCAGACCAGCACGCAGCAAGGGAGAGCUGGCUUGCGGUGGGUGCUGCUAGGGUGGCGGACCUGGGAGGCACAGUUCAGCCCUGGGCAUGUGCUCACACUUCAGUCGGAAGGCCCGUUUUGUUCUUCCAGUAUGGAAUGGGUUCCAGAGUUGCCCAGCAGGCCAGCUGGAGGUGAGUUUUGUCACUGAACUCCCUGUCCUUGGGCUCAGCCCAUAGGCAGAUGGCAUCCUGGGCACAUGUGCCCACACCAGCUGCCAGAAACGAAGCAGGGAGUGUGUGGUGCCAUCAGCAUGUGCUGCGGGCCUUGGUGCUGGGUGAGGGUCCUGUGCGGGCCCCCUUUGAAGCGACCACCCUAAUGGAGCCCCAUAGGGUCUGGCCCCCAAGCGCAGGGUCCCUCUGGCCCAGGCCCCAACUGUGUGUACUAGACAAGGUGGCUGGUACUAGAUGUGUGGAACUGGGGGACUUCCUUUGCGAACCGAAGGACUGCUGGGGACAGGCGUGGAGAAGGUGGCCUGAAGCAGACCAUGGGGGCUGCAGAGGGUGGGCGUGCCUCUGGACUGGCCAGGGCUCUGUCCAAGGCUGUCCGGCCCACUGGCAUCCUCGGGCCGUGCAGAAGGCUGCCUGCUGCCCGGUGUCCCCAGGAGCGGAGCUCUGCUGGAAGGCAGUUGUGAGGGCAUCCAGGGGAAACCUGUGGUCUGCCCGGCUGACCUUGGCCUCCUGUCUAGUCACCACCGUUGGUGAGAUCUGGUUGUGUUCCAUGGUCCAACCCUGGCUGAGACCUGUGUCCUUGUGAGAGGCGGUUUUUCCGCCCCGUGCACACCGGGCCUCGGAGGGCCGGGCCAAGGUCUUGGGAGGGGCCUCCUCCCCCGGGACCUGACCUGCCUGGUGGGAGUGAGGGUCGAAUCUGUACAUUGUCUCAAUGCCUGUUUUUUAUGUUUUCCUUUCUCUAAGGGUUUUUAGUUCGGGUUUUUGUGUUUAUUUGUUUUUGUGGG